AUGAUCGGCUUUCUUCAUACCGCUUUGAAUUUUGUUUUUUGUAGAAUUAAUGGCCAUCACAUACAGAAUGUCACUGCUGAAAUGGAACAUUUUUCCAAUUUCAUGCAACCGCAUGAAGAAAUCAUUAUUCAACGACAUAUUGACAGUUGCAUCCCGUUCUAUGGCAUGUCCAUGUUUAUUUUCUAUUUUACCACAAUAUCAACCAUUAUCAUAAAGCCAGCUAUGAGUAAUCAAACCUUUCCAACAAUUGCUGAAUAUCCGUUUGAUGUAUAUUAUCAACCGCUAAAAGCUAUUAUCUACAUACAUCAAUCUAUAGUUGGACUAAUAAUGGCGGCACAAUUGUGCACAAAUAUUUUUAUGGCUCUUUUGCUCUGGUUUGCAUCAGCAAGAUUUGAAAUAUUAAUUGAAAGAAUAAGAAAAAUCACAAAUGUGUAUCAACUAUUCAAAUGUAUUAAAAAACAUCAAGAAUUACUCAACUACGCUAGAAAAGUUGCAACCGUUGCUGGUCCUUUUGCAUUUUUAAGUACGUGUUGUAGCACGAUUGGCUUAAUAACAGUCUUUUUAUUGUGGGUUACAAAUCAACCUAUAAUAACAAUAAUCCUUUCUUUCGGAUUAGUUCUAAUAAGUUUAACGGAAGUAUUUAUGUAUAUUUGGCCAGCAGAAUAUUUGAUUUAUACGAGCGAAGAUGUCGGCCAAGCAGUAUUCGAUAUGCUCGAACAUAAUUAUUUUAUUGGAAUAUGGAAAUAUCUGCAAAUUAUUAUAAUGAGAAGUCAAAAACCUGUAAAUGUUUCAAUACCUUGUCUUUUGCCCGCCUUAUCUUAUCAUUACUUUACAUCGUAUCUUUCGACUGUACUCUCGUAUUUCACAACUCUGCGAAUAAUGAUGACUGAUGAUAAAAAUUAA